AUGGACGGUAGCGAGGAACGACAACGGUUGGCCGCGUUGUUGUGGGUCUUUUAUACGGCGUUGUACUGCGUGUAUGUCAAUGUGGUGAAUAUUAAUCACUACUGGGGUCAUGAUAUGAGCUGUUGCGUGUUCGGCAUGAGUAACUUACUUAUCAUAACUAUGGCUAUAUCGAAAGUGAUUGUUUUGCGGAUCCGUAGACUCGAACUCGCGGACGUAGUGGUAUACGCCGAGCGCCAUUUUUGGCACUAUAAUUACAGCUUUGAAGAACAACUGAUCUUCGCCAAGUGUCAAAGGUUCUGCAAACUGUGGAUCAUCUUUGUAUUUUGUAUUCUGCCAGCUUCGAUUUCUGGUUACGUGACAACACCUAUCGUCUAUAACAUUGGUAGAAAUAAAUCGGACAGGGAAUUUCCACUAGAAAUCAGGUCAGAUUUGCCUCUAACCGAGACGCCAUAUUUUGAAUUAAUAUUCACUUUCCAGUACAGUGUAUAUGCAUCGUGUAACGUGCUCUGUACAAUUAUGGCAGCGUCCAAAAUACUCGUUCUGCGAAUUCGCAGAUUAGAGCUAGAGAACAUACUUGCCGACGCGGAACGACAUUUCUGGCAUUGGAAUUACAAUUCGGAGGAGCAAUUGCUUUUUUCUGAAUGUCGUCUGAUUUGCAAAUAUUUCAUCAUGUUUGUGCUCAGUAUUCCGCCAGCUUCUCUGUUUGGUUACGUGAUUACACCUAUCGUUUCGAACAUCGGGAAGAAUAAAUCAGAGAGAAUACUUCCGCUAGAUGUGUGGUUCAAUUUUCCAUCGACAGAGACACCCUAUUAUGAAUUCAUGUUCACUUUUCAGAUUAUAUCGGUAUUCCUAGUCGGUACAGCGUAUGUCAGUCCCGACACACUGUUGUGCAUCCUGAAUCUGCAUGUCAUUUACCAGUUUCGGAUGCUGCACUAUAGAAUGUUGCGUCUCUGGAAGCGCAACAACGGAAAUACGGAUGCAACCAAAUACGCUAUUCAAUGUUCCGAAGAUCUCAGAAAGUGUGUUAACGAGUAUCAAUCGCUCAUCGAGUUCUGUGAAAAUAUGGAACAUGUUUUUUCGCGCACGCUUUUAAUACACGUAGCGAUAUUCAGUGUAUUAAUGGGAUUCGACGGCUACGAAAUACUCCUGUCAAACGCACCUCUCGCAAGACGAUGCACUUUCAUAUUCCACGUAGCCGGUAGUUUCAUCCAUCUUGGUAUCUUCACAUUCUGCUGCAGCGGUUUGACGGAAGAAAGCUCGAAGAUUUCUACUAUUAUAUAUUUCGGAUCAUGGAGCACUUUGCCAAUGGAUCAGAUUGGUAAAUCGAUACGAUCAAAAAUCAUAAUUGUAAUGAUGAGGACAAUGAGACCGUGUUGUCUAACUGCUGGUGGAUUUUUUCCAGUCUCCCUAAAAACUUUUACCACGCUAUUAAGUUCUACAUUUUCCUACUUCACACUGAUGAGGAACUCCAUCUCGGGAAGUGAGAGCGAGUAA